AUGUACAUACAUACACAGACACAUGUACGUACAUACACACAAACACACACACACAUGUACAUGUCCACAUAAAUGUACAUACACGCAGACACAUGUACAGAUACACACAUGUACAUACACACAUACACACACACACCCAAUAAAAAGUUGCAGUACUUCGUUGUUCACUCACAGAGCCGGGUACUGCACUCUAGGGGGAGGCAGAGAGCACAGCACACACUCCUUCCUUUGCUUUCACUGCUCUCAGCUAUUGAGCAGUCUGACGGCUUCCAGUGCCAAUGACAGAUCCGGCCUGAGCUCCGAGCCUGCUCAGCAAGACAGCCCUGGGGGGGACACUCACCCCCACCAUAAUUUCCACUCGCCAUUGGCGAGCAGGCGAGUGGAAAUUUCAAGGCCUGAGUUAAGG